AUGGGCGCCACUACACCUGCCACCGAACGGCCCAUGUUCCUGUCCGCCGACAAACGCAAGAUCAGCUACCGCAGCAAGAACGGCAGCACCAUCACACUCGAGUUCAAGAACAAGAACUCGCCAGCUCAGAAAGCCGGCGCGAUCGAAUGCGAAGCAGAACUGGAUGCUGAAGGCAAGCAAAACCUGUGGCUUGGUGUCUACGACACGUUGAGCUUCUGGGUCAUGGAGGCCAUGGAGAUCGCCGCUUUCGGUCCUUACGACGAGCCAGCAAAGUGA